GCCUCGGCCUCGCGACGAUCUCACUCCUACACCCGUUACUAGGUACCUAGUAGAGGGAGAUCAUGCUUAUAUCGUCGCGUCCUUUACGUCUAGAAUCGUUUUCUUCGUUCCUUAGAUCAGGCUGGUCCUGAUCGAACACGGCCCUCAUUUACUUUCUCGAAGCGUCGCAGGUGUAUGUUGACCGUCCUUCACUGGAUGUGAUGUCAAAGAGUUCCAUGCAGUUCACGACUUGAUUUACCUUGUUUUCGCCUUGCUCGAGUCACACUGGCUAGGGAAGAGCUCGUGAGGCAAACACAGUUCCAUUCUUUUCAGUCGACAACUCCGAAACUCGAAAGAUGUCUCUCCUUCAGAAUGAAGAUUUUACCAUUUGGCAAUUACGGACCUCCUAUCUGUCCAUGAUCAAAGAUGGUGUCGGCGAACGCCUCAUCAAUGUAAACAACAACAUACUCAACACACCUGGCUUCCGCGCUGCCGGCUGGUCGUCAAUAUCUGCCAACCCCACCACUCAGAGUGUCGCCGCUCAAAUCAAGCGCACCUAUUCUCCACCCAUACCUACGGCUGGUGCGGUCGCAUCGGAAUACUACCAGUUUGCCAGAAAUGAAGAAGGGGAGAAUGGGGAGAGGGGCUUCGGAUUCGGGGAUGAAGGCGAGGACGAGGAAGGUGGCAUGGUGACAGGCGGUGGAGGUGGGACCUAUACAUUUGGGGUACGGCAUCAUGGAAGAGGAGGGAAAAGAAACCGUCGACGUGAUCGGCAACAACAGGAACAGAGGCAUCGGGAGGCAGAAGAAGAAGACAGCAGUGACUUGAGUGAUGAGAGUGACGAGGAAGGAGAGUCGGCACCGAGGGCCGCUCAACAAAUCAAAUUCUCAAAGAUGCCUAUACGGACCCGUGCAGGGUCCUCGCCGAUAAGGGCCCUGGAUCGUAACGAUGGCCCCGAGCUUCUGGUGACCUCUCCCUCACGCCCGUCUACAGGCAGCUAUUUCAGACGUGGAUCUAUGGGUGCGGUCGAUGUAGUCAAAGAACGUUCGCGUCGUGAUACCACUACGAGCAGUGACAUGUCCUCCGACAACGAGCUUGAUCCUUCUGCAUUAGACAAGAGAAGAUCGAUCCAGUUCUCAUCCCGGAACCAGGUCAUAGAGCCUUCGAAGAAAAGGUCAGACCAACGCCACUCGGGUACGGGAACCGUGACUAUGGAAGAGCUGAAUGAGCAGGACGAAGAUUCUGGUGCUGAAUCUGUCGGAUCUGCUCUCUCCUCCGAGUUUGACGCUACUGCAGGAUCAGGGUCAUUGCUGGAAGACGAUGAUAUAACCGCCAGUUUAGAUUCAUCAUCACCCAUGACAAUCAUGCACAAAUUGCGGAACAGGAGCGGAUCCCAGAACGCGUCUCCUAGGAAGUCAAGGACCCCCGCAGCAGAAAUAGAUUUACCUCCUCCACGGCCUAUCAGCACUGUUCAGCCUAUCAGUCUGCUCUCCAAGGAGCUCAAUGCUAGAAAGAAAGCCCCCGCGAACCCUGUGGAACGGUUUGCCAUACUUUCCGGCAAAGGCUGUGACACGGCUUUGAAUAUCAAGAUCUAUGCUCCCUUUUCAUCAGAGCCAGAUGAACCCUUCGAGAUGCCGCUAGUGCGGGAGUCCACAGAUGGUGAUCCCCCAGGCCCUGUCACUGUCACCGAGGCUAUCGGAUUAUGUCUCUGGACAUACAUUAAGGAAGGCCGUGAACCACCUAUAGGGGGAGAGAAACUUAAUGUGAACCGAUGGACCUUGAGGAUGGUAGAAGAUGGCGAAGUCGAAUAUGACUUCCCGCCUCUGGGGAGGAACCUGCCGAUUGCUGACUUCACAUCUAACAACAACAGGGCAGCUGCAUUGAGAGGCCGGUCAAGGAACAAGCCUUACGAUGAAUUUGCGCUUGUAGAGGCUACUCAAGCGGAAUUCGAGGAGAAUGAAAGACUAUACCCUAAAUACAGUCAAGCUGCGGCCGCUGAGGAGAGCGCUGGUGCAAGCCAGCCCGCGCCCGCUGCAGCAAAUGAACCGCCAGCUGCGGCCAACAAAGCUACAACAACAACAACAACAACAACGAGGCUCAAUCCUAUACUGGGACAACCGUUUUCGUCAGCUCUUAAUGACACUUCACUCACACCUGCUGACCGUCCCGCGGUGCCCACGUCGCAUGCCACGCCCCGUAUGGGGGUGCAGAAGACACUGAAGAUCCGAUUUAUCAACUUGGAGGCUUCGACCCAGGUCAUGACGCUGAAUACUUCCACUGAUAGCUAUAUCGCGGAGAUUCUCGACUCAGUCUGCAAAAGAUGGGGCCUUGACAAGGGCAAUUAUCUCCUCAAGGUUAUGGGGUCGAACACGGUGGCACCGCUCGAUCGUACCGUUGAAGCUUUAGGGAAUAUCACGGAGCUUGAUCUCGUCCGCCGGCGUUUUGGUGCAGGUCCACUCUCUUUGACAGGCUCUCCAGGCAGCUCAUCUCCUAACGCGCCACUUCUGGUUGACAGCACGACCAGCGCACCGACCAAGAAAGGCAAGAAGAGUGGACAACAGAUGCUUCAUCCGCUUGCACAGAAGCAAGAUCUCAUCGGGGGCUACUACCGUCGAUACCAGGUAUUCCGCAAACAACCAAUGUCAUUUACUGCUUCCAACCAGCGUGUCCUCGCGUUCGAUAACGACUAUAUGCAUAUCAUGCCCGGAGACACUGGCAAAGGCGUCUUCGACACUAGCACCAAAACGCGGUCGAUCAGUUUUAAUGACGUGGUGGGAUGUAAAGUCAGUCGACGCCAUCCCAAGAGCUUCCGCGUCGUGAUCUUGCGGGGAAACGAGGCCAACGAGCAGAAGCGGUACGAUUUCGAGGCGCGCAAUGCAGUGGAGGCAGCGGAGAUUGUGGAGGAGAUUAAGAAAAACAUGGCACAUUAUCGCAUUUAAAGCUUUUGUCCGUCAUGCCAUUGACUGAGCUGAAUAUCUGCUACGACUUGUUUGUCACUUAUGUCCUUUUUUCUUGCAAAAAAAAAGCUAAAAAAGCUUGUAACCUGUCUUGUUGGGAGCGAUUGCACGUGCUGGUGGAGUCUUAUAGGUCCAAGUAUGUCUAUUUAGUGUAGCUAGAUAUGGGGUUUUUUUUGUUCCCACUGAUACUCUUCUAUCUCAUGAUGCAAUGUAUGAAAACAUCUGUGAUUAUUUGCAUAACGAGGCAAACUGUAGUUCCUAUAUAGGAGAGUGCUAGUGAUUCGAGUAUGCAUGGUUGCGCCGCAGAGGUGGGGAAGCAAAGUCGGUCUGGCUCGACUCUUCAGACAAGCUUCUCCGGUAGAAUAGUACUACGUAUUAGGAUCUUACAGUAAACGUUUAAAUAUGAUAUCACAAAUUCUCCGAGACUCUUUAGUG